AUGCAUGCACGUGAAUUACUUGUACGUGGUGAAGCUGUUCCUGAUCAAAUGAUUGCACGUAUGUUACAUAUUAAAAUGCAUUCACCUGAAGUAGCACAUCAUGGUUAUAUUUUGGAUGGAUUUCCAUUAAUGGAUGAAAAUUUAAUGAAAUUACGUGAUCAAAUGGAAACAAUGAAAAAUUGGCCAUUACCACCUGAUUAUGUUAUUAAUAUUCGUAUACCUGAUAAUGAUUUAAUUAAUAGACGACAAGAAGAAAAAAUUGAUCCUGUAACUGGUACAUUAUAUAUUAAAGAACAAUAUGCACCUACACCCGUCGAAAAAGUAACUGGUAAACAACAAACCGGUGGUGAUGAUGAUGAUGUAAGUGAUAUUGAUGAAGAUGCUGAUAAUGAUGAUGAAGAAGUAGAAGAAGAAGAACAAGUAACUGAUGAAUUUUUUUCACCCGUACCAACAGAAAUUGUUGAACGAUUAGUAAUGCGACCUGAAGAUUUAAUGCCUGAUGUUACUGAUAGUAUACAAUUUUUUAAAGAUCAAUUAUUAAGAAUGCUUGAAGAAUAUAUGGCUAGUUUACCACAAUCAUAUUUAGUUGAAUUAGAUGGAAAUAUGUCACCAACAAUUUUAUUUGAACAAUUACUUGAACGUCUUAAUGCAUAUGCAUUAAGACGUGCAGCACUUGUUCAAAGAUUUUUUCCACCAGAAGAAGAAGAAGAAGAAAUUCCACAAGAAACAAAUGAAAUGGAUAAUGAAGAAGAAGAAGGUGAAAAAGCUAUUCGUGGUGAUGCUCUUCGUGCUGAAGAAACUCCACCAGCUGAUGAAAUGGAAACUGAAGAAUUAAUGGCUUCAUUAACUGGUUCAAAUGUUCUUUCAAAUAAAUAUAAAUGGCAAAGAAGUCGAUGGUUACGUCUUGAUCCAGUUGCUCUUAAACAAGGAAAUCGUAUACCUGGUCGACAAGAUUUAGCUGUUCAUUUUAUGGAUAAAAUAUUCGUUCUUUCAAGUAAAGAAUCAUUAAAAGAAUUUCAAAAAAAUCCUCGCCGAUAUAUAAUUCAACCACGUGCACCAUGUAAACUUUUUCUCUAUGGUCCUCGAUCUUCUGGUAUUGAACAAUUAGCACAAGAUAUUGGUAAAAAAUAUAAUGCAACAGUUAUUGAUAUGGUAUCAUACGCUCAACCAAAAAUGGAUGAACUUCGUCAACAAUAUAUUGAUACUAUAAAAAAUGAAGUUCAACGAGCAACUAUUGACAAAUUACAACUACAAGCUGAUACUGAAGCUGCUGAAAAAGCUCAAGAAGCAACAACAUCGAAAACUGAAGAUAAAAUAGAUGAAGAACCGGAACCAUUAACUAGAGAAGAUAAUGAAACAACAACUGAUCCAAAUGAUUUCGAACAAACAGAAAAAGCUACAAAUCCUGACGAAGACGAACAACAACCACAAACAUCAGCCGAACGCUCGUCACCACCGCCCACAGAACGUUCAUCACCGCCGCCAGCCGAACGUUCACCACCACCUACCGAACGUUCAUCACCACCACCAGCUGAACGUUCGUCGCGACCAUCAAGUGCGCUUUCACAACCACCAGCUGAACGUUCGUCACGACCAUCAAGUGCGCGUUCACCACCACCAGCGUCUACUGAAGUACCUCGAGAAGAUCUUCGUGGUUUAGGUCCUGAAGAUGAAAAAACACAAGUUGAACCUAUCGGACAAAUAACAGCUGAUCAUCCUGAAGUAAAAAAAGCUGUUGAACAAGCAAUUGAAGAAGCACGUAAUGCAGCUGUUAAUAUACCAGCUGAUGUUUAUACUGAAUUAAUGUGUAAAGCUAUACAAAAUAUUGAACAAGAACAACGAGAAAAAAAUCCUAAUGGACCUUUAUUUGGUAAUUGGAUAUUUGUUAAUUUUCCAUAUGAUAAUGAAAUUUUGACAUUAUUAAAUGAAAAAAAUAUUCAUCCAGAUGAUGUUCUUGUUUUACAAGAUAGUCAUCCACAAUUAGAAGCAUUACAAAAACGUUGGUAUAAAGCAAAUCGAUUUGAAGUUGAUAAAGAAAUUCGUGAACGUGAAGAACGUGAAGCAAAUGAAAGACGAAUUCGAGAUGAAGAACAAAAACGACGAAUGGAAGAAAUGAAAUUAAUUGCUGAACAAGAACGGAAUGAACGUUUAGCUGAACGGCAAAGAAAAAUUGAUGCUGGUGAACCAGUUGAUGAUGAAGAUGAAACAGAUGAAAAAGAAAUGGAACAAGCUAUACUUGAAGAUCGAAAUUAUGAACCAAAAAAAGAAGAUUUUAUUGAUAAAAUUCCAGAAACAAUACCAGAAGAGGAUGAAUCAAUGAGUAAAGACCUUGAUAAAGACAAAUCAAGUAUUGCUUCAGGUCUUGAUCUUAAUCGUGCUCCACCAUCAAUAUCUCCGAUACCAUUUGAUCAAGAAAUUUUACCACCAGCUGGUAUUGAACAAGAAACAUUUAUUCAACAAGCUCGUAAUGAUAUAACACGUAUAAAUGAUUUAAUGAAAACAGUAUCAAGUGUAUAUAAUCUUGAACCAAUUUAUAUUGAAUUAAUGAAAGAAGAUGGAGAAAAAUUAAAAACAAAUGAAGAAUUAUUUCAAGAAGCCUAUGAUGCACUUGAAAAACAAUUUAAAUAUAUUCCACUUGAACAUGAAAAUAAUGAAGAAGAUGUUGAUGAAGAAGAAGAAACUGGAAAUGAAGAUGAAGAAGGUGAUAAUGAAGAAGAAGAAGAAGAAGUUGUUGAUUUAUUUAAAAGUGAUCGUAAAAAACAUCUUGGUGAUACAAGUAUCUAUGAUCCUGUUGCAUUAUUCGAGAAAAAUAUUCUCGUACCUGGAAAACCAGAUUUUACUGUUUCAUAUAAAUCUAAAACAUAUCGUUUUGCUAAUGAAGAUAAUCGAAGUUUAUUCUUACAAACACCACUUAAAUAUCUACCAAUCGAUAAACCACCAACACUACCUGCUAUGCGUCUGGUUCUUGUUGGACCUGAAGGUGCUGGUAAAAGUUUACAUGGACGUGAAUUAGCUAUUAAAUAUAAUACAUUUCAUAUAAAAUUUCGUGAUCGUUUACAAGAAUUAAUUAUUGGUAAAACGAAAAUGAAAAUUGGACCGGAAUAUAAUGAAACACGAGAUGAACCUGAUCCAGAAGAAGAAGAACAAAAAGCAGACAAACCAAUUGACGAAACUGAAGAAUUAACAGCUGACGAAGAAAAUAUCAAAGCAUAUUUACAAGAUGGUGAACCAUUAGCACCUGAAAUUCUCGAUAAAAUUGUUAAACCAUGGUGGACAGAAGAACCAUAUCGUUCACGUGGUAUUGUUCUUGAAGGUUUUCCAUCAACAGAAGAUGAAACUGUUUAUAUGAUUGAUAAUCAAUUAUUACCUGAUAUUGCUAUACAACUUGAUGCCGAAAAUAACGAUAUAUUAAAAAGAAUAUUACCAAAACGUAUGGAACAAUGGCGAACAAAAAUGCAAUUAAGAAAAGAAAAACGAAUGAAAAAUAAAGCAAAAAAAGAUCGAGAUAAGAAAAAAGCUACAGAUGAACGACGAGCUGAAUUAAUUCUUGAACGAGACAAACGUAUUGAAGCGGGUGAAACAGUUGAAGAAGAUGAAAUCGAACAAAUACUAGCUAGUGAAUUUCAAAUCGAUGAAGAAGAAGGUGAUAUAAUACAAGAUGAAGAAGAUGCUGACACAGCAAAAGGUCGCAUUGGUGAAAUGAUUGAACAACAAGCUAAUGAUGCAAAAGAAAAAAUUGAAGGUGUUAAAAAAGUUUUUCAACAAGAAUAUGUUCCAUUUGCAAUUGUUAAUGCAUCAGAUAAACCACGUUAUGUUAAAAAUCGUAUUAGUAAAAAAAUUGAACGAUUUACAACAUUACGUCAAAAUGUAUUCGAACGUGUUUAUUCAAUAAAAUCUCAAUUAGCACAACAAUUAAUCGAUAUAGGUUAUUUACAUUAUUCAAAAUUUGGAAAAUUUUGUCCUGUAUCUUUACAUAAUGGUGAUUGUUUUCCACCGCCAUAUGGACCUGAUAAAACUCCUUGUACAGUUAUCUAUCGAAAAUAUGUUUAUUAUUUAGCUGAUGAUGAAGCACGAAAUGAAUUUAUUAAAAAUCCAUUAUUUUAUAUUCGUCGACCACCACCAAAAUCACUCAUUCCAGUGAAAAUUGCUAUUGUUGGUCCACCAAAAUCUGGCAAAACAACUGUUACCAAGCGUAUCGUUCAAGAAAUGGGAUGUGUUCGUUUAUCAUUGGGUGAUGGUAUUCGAUAUAUAUUAGAAAAACAACGACAGACAAUUCUUGGUAAAGAAAUGCAAGAAAUACUUAUUAAAGGUAAUGAAAUAUCACCUGAAAUAGCAAUUCGUUGUUUGGAAGUUGCACUUAUGAAUGCAAAAUGUCAAACACGAGGUUUUAUUCUUGAUGGAUUUCCUUUAACAAAAAAACAUGUUGAAUUACUUGUUGAAAAAGGUAUUAUUCCAUUUAAAUUAUUUGAAUUAGAAUGUGAUUUAACUGAAUGUACAAUACGAGCUAUGAAAGAUCGUACUGAUCCAAAUCGUCAAUUUCCAUUACCUGAUAGUCCAGAAGCAAUAUCAUAUAAAAAUGCUAUUUAUCAAAAUGAAAUUUUACCUGUACGUCAAUGGUAUACAGAAGAACAUAAAAAUUGGAUGAAUAUUAAUGCUAAAAAUAAUAAAUGGUUUAUAUGGGAUAAAAUCUUACAAGAAACAUCAAAUGUAACAAAAAAAAUUCAAAAUUAUAUUGAAAGAAAAUCAUUUAAUAAAGCUGCUAGUAUUGCUGAUUUAUGUAUAUCACCACAAGAAUUAUUAAAUCGUUUGGGAGAAUAUGAACAUUAUUGUCCAGUAUCAUUAACAUUACGUGAUGAACUUGUUGAUUGUUCAGCUACUACAAAAACUGAUUAUACUGCUGAAUAUAGAGGACGAUAUUAUCGUAUGGCUGGACCAAAAGAACUUCAACUAUUUUUGGAUGAUCCUGAACGUUUUGCUCCAGUUGAACCUCGUAAAAUACUUCCCGCACAAAAUCGUCGACCACAUCGACGAACUGAAGCAGAAGCAAAAGCGAUGUUUCCAAAACCUAUUGAAUUUGCUAGUUAUUGUCCAGUAACUUAUCUUGAUGGUGGUAAAAGAUAUGAAUAUCUUGUUCUUGGACAACAAGAAUUUGCUGUUGAAUAUCGUGAUAAAUUAUAUUUUCUAUUAAAUGAAGAAGCACGAGAAAAAUUUAUGAGACAACCAGAAAAAUAUUGGAAUAUUCGAUUACCAAAUAAACUUCCUCCACCAAAAAAUCCAAUUGAUUUACUUAAUUUACCAUGUCUUGGUUAUUUAGAACAAACAAUAGCAACAGCAAUUAUAAAAAGUUUAACAGCUACAGGAUGUUUUAAACCAAAAUUUCCAUUUUUAUCUAUUCAAACAUCAGCAUUAAUCUAUAUGGCAUAUCAUCUUAAAGCUUAUAAUACAAAAAGUUCUGAUUAUAUACGACGAAAAUUUCGUAGAAAAUUAUAUAUAUUUGAAGAACAAUGUGAACUUAUUAGUUAUUUAGCUAAAAAAACAACUGUACGUUAUAAAGAUCCAAACAAACAACCACCAGAUUAUAAUGUUAAAUAUGAAACAUUUUUUGCCUUACGACAAAAUGUGCCUACAUUAAAUUGGUUAACAUAA